CAGAGUUCUGCACCUGAAGGUGCGUGGCAAGGCACUGAUGUGGAUGACAUCACUCCUGAACAGCCGUCCUUCCGCCCGGCACGCACACCCGGUGGCCAGCUCGCGGGUGGUUCCCAAUACUCAGUUUUACAAUUAUUUCAGUUAUUCAUGUCGAAUCGCAUACUUCAGACCAUCUUGAAUAAUUCAAACAAGUUUGGAGAAAGUGACCAUCCAGAAACCUUUCAGAGGCUCACUAUGCCAGACAUGAUGUCCUACUUGGCCAUGAUUAUCUACAUGGGAAUAAUCGAUACCCCGAACAUCACUGACUACUGGAGGAGGUCCGAGCUGUACACCUUCUCCUUCCCGUCAAGUGUGAUGUCCGGGCGCAGGUUCAAGGCCGUCUCGCGCGCCAUUCACCUCAGCGACCCCGCCGACGACCUCAAGAGAGGCACCGCCGGCUACGACAGGCUUUGCAAAAUCAAGCCGAUGUACGACGAGGUCAGGCAGGCGUGCAUGGCGAAUUACCAUCCCCACCAGUGCAUCGCCAUCGACGAGAGGAUGGUCGCAUCCAAAGCCCGCAAUGGAGUCCGCCAGUACAUGAAGAACAAGCCCGUGCAGUGGGGCUACAAGCUGUUUGUGCUGGCGGAUUCCGCCAACGGUUACACCUGGGACUUCUUUGUGUACAAAGGGAAAAUGUCGCGGAUCGUGAAGGGGCUCAGUUACGACACGGUAAUGCGGCUCGUAAACACGCAGGUGAUGGGUACCGGGUAUAAGUUAUUCGUGGAUAACUUUUACACCAGCCCGGAUCUCUUUCGAGACCUGCUGGCAAGGAAGAUCUGGGCCUGCGGUACCAUUCGCCAACAUCAGAUCGGGUUCCCCAAAAACAGGCCGGGUGGGCUUGAGAGGCAGGCUCCCCGGGGCUCCAUCCGCUGGAUCCGCGAGGGGCCCGUGGUGUUCGUUCAGUGGAAGGACACCAGAGAUGUCCUGAUAUGCUCCACGAUCCACGCGGCCCACGGAGAGGACACGACCCAGAGGAGGAUCAAGGGGGCAGGUGGGCAGUGGUCUGUGCAGGACGUCCCCAUCCCACCAGCCAUGAUGGACUACAACAAGAACAUGUGUGGCGCGGACCUGUCCGAUGCCCUGAUUGGCUACUACACCAUCCUACACAAGACCAAGAAGUGGUACCGGUCUUUCCUGUUCCACUUCAUAGAUAUCGCCAUCGUCAACGCCUACAUCCUGUAUAAGGAGAUGGCCGUUGCGAGGAAGGAGAAGGUGAUGUCACAGAAGGCCUUUCGCGAGACCCUGGUGACGGAGCUGAAAGCGGUUGGGUCUACCACCACUGCCCCUUCACAGCCACCCCCUCCCACUCCCCCAGGCGCCUCACACAAACCGGUACAUUUUUGCCCGGACGGCACGGCAGGUCGGAGGAGGUGUGUCCACUGCCACAAGAGGACCACGGUGAAGUGCUCCUCCUGUAAUAAGAGUCUGUGUUUCACCGUAAACAGGGACUGUUACAACACAUGGCACACCCUGAACAAUUUAUAAUGACUCAUUUCUGUGCAUUUAUAUAAAUAGUUUUUUCAAGUUUUUCAUGUGAAGUGUUUUU